CUUUAUUUAUUUAUAUACGGAGUAUUAUUUAAAUUAGACUCAAUGAAUGAAUGAUAAAUAGCCUCCUUCUUCUUCCUCAGUCCUCACUCUCACUUCGGCCCCUUUCUUUCCUUCGAGAUUCCUUCAUCAAGGUGGAUUUGCAAUUGAAAAUGGUGACGUCCGUACUGAACCCUAACGCGCCGAUGUUCGUGCCGUUGUUUUACCGCGCGGUGGAAGACUUCUCCGACCAGUGGUGGGACCUCGUCCAGUCCUCACCGUGGUUCCGCGACUACUGGCUGCAGGAGUGCUUCUCCGAUCCCCAAACCGACCAAUUUCUCGAUGCUCACGUAGACGACGACGAGGUUCUCAGCGAAAUCGCAGUUUCCAAAAGAAAGGAACCGCGCAUGGAUCUGGUGGCGCUGGCGUCGUUAAGGUGGAGAAGGCCGCCGCGAGCGGCGGAUCUGCCAAAGUACUCCGAGAAACCGCCCAAAUUCGUGAACGUGAAGACUCGACCGAGUCCGAGGCCGAUCCAGCAGCCGCGCUAGACCGGGUCAGGAAUCGCACGGAGCUUAACACGCUUUUGGUACCGUUUCCGCUCUGUAAAUAGCGACUUUAGCAUUGUCGACUUCCUACAGUGAUGUUUUCACGAUUUCUGUGCAUUCAAUUAAACUUUAGAUAUAAAGUCGCGCUUUCAAUUAUAA